CCCUGCCGCUCGGCUGCUGCGAGUGUCGGGGGCGGUGGCGCAGGCGGCGGCGGGGCCGGAGGGAGUCAUGGACGUGGACGCGGAAAGAGAGAAGAUAGCAAAGGAGAUUGAAGAGCUGGAAAGGAUUUUGGAUCCCAGCUCCUCGAGUCUCGGCGUGGAGGUCUCUGAGUCUGGGCUCGCACUGGACUCUGAAGCAGACUCGCUGCCUGAGGAGGACUCGGACGCUGCCAGUUCCCCAGUCUCGGAAGAGGAGAGGUGGGGAGAGGCCAGCAAUGGUGAGGACGACCCCAAGGAGAAGACCCUCCCUGAAGACCCAGAGACCUGCCUGCAGUUGAACAUGGUCUACCAGGAGGUCAUCCAGGAGCGGCUGGCGGAGGUCAGCCUCCUGCUGGCCCAGAACCGGGAGCAGCAGGAGGAAAUCAUGUGUGACCUGGCAGGGUCCAAAGGCCCCAAGAUGAAGGACGGCAAGAGUCUGCCCCCAAAUCUGUACAUAGGCCACUUCAUGAAGCCGUACUUCAAAGACAGGGUCACCGGAGUGGGGCCUCCAGCCAACGAAGACACGCGGGAGAAGGCCGCCCAGGGCAUCAAGGCUUUCGAGGAGCUCCUGGUGACCAAGUGGAAGUCCUGGGAGAAGGCCCUGCUCAGAAGGUCGGUGGUGAGCGACCGCCUACAGCGCCUGCUUCAGCCCAAGCUCCUGAAGCUGGAAUACUUGCACCAGAAACGGAGUAGGGUGACCAGUGAGGCGGAGAGGCAGGUCCUGGAGAAGCAGAGCAGGGAGACGGAGAGGGAGGUCCAGGACAUCCGGGAGCUCCCAGAGGAGGCCUUGCUGGGGGACAGGCUGGACAGCCACGACUGGGAGAAGAUCUCCAACGUUAACUUUGAGGGCGGCCGCGGCGCAGAGGAGAUCCGCAAGUUCUGGCAGAACUGGGAACACCCGAGCAUCAACAAGCAGGAGUGGAGCGGCCAGGAGGUGGGGCGCCUGCAGGCCCUCGCGGCCGCGCACGGCCACCUGCAGUGGCAGCACAUCGCCCAGGAGCUGGGGACCAACCGCAGCGCCUUCCAGUGCCUGCAGAAGUACCAGCAGCACAACAAGGGGCUGAAGCGCAGGGAGUGGACGCCGGAGGAGGACCACCUGCUCACCCAGCUCGUCCAGGAGAUGCGCGUCGGCAGCCACAUCCCCUACCGGAGAAUCGUCUACUACAUGGAAGGGAGGGACUCCAUGCAGCUCAUCUACCGCUGGACCAAGAGCCUGGACCCCAGCCUGAAGAAGGGGCUCUGGGCCCCAGAGGAGGAUGCGAAGUUGCUCCGAGCAGUUGCCAAGUAUGGGGAGCAGGAUUGGUUUAAAAUCCGGGAAGAGGUGCCAGGUAGGAGCGAUGCCCAGUGCCGAGACCGGUACCUCCGAAGGCUGUACUUCGGCUUGAAGAAGGGGCGGUGGAGCGCCAAGGAGGAGGAGAAGCUGGUGGAACUGAUAGAAAAGCAUGGCGCUGGUCACUGGGCAAAAAUAGCUUCGGAACUACCCCAUCGGACGGGCUCCCAGUGUCUGAGCAAGUGGAAAAUCAUGGUUAGGAAGAAGCAGAGCCGGGGCCGGCGGCGGCGGCGGCCCCCUCGCAGCGAGCGCUGGAGCUCCAGCAGCGAGGACAGCAGCGAUGGGGACUGCAGCGGCAGCAGCAGCAGCAGGCUCAGUGAGGACUCGGAGCCCGAAGAAGCCCCAGAGGCCCAGGCAGCCGGCCACGUGCUGCCCUCGGCACAGCAAGCCGUGCCAGACAUGGCCCUGUGGGUUCCUGCCAGGCAGGGGGGCACCUGGGGCGGCCAGGGCCGCCGGGCUGCCCCACCCAGCCCUCCCGACAGCUCCAACGGGGCACAGGCUGCCAGAGCGACUUGCCCCCCAGCCUCGGCCUCCGCACGGGAAGGAGGCCAAGUGCCCACCCCGUCUGGGACCCUCAGCCCCAGUGCCAGCGCUGUCGGCUGCCCGGGCUCGGCGGGUCCUCCCCCCUCAGGCUCCGAGGGGCCAGCGGACGAGAAGGAGAAACUGAGGCAGCCGUGUCCUCUGGGCUCACCGGCGGGGGCCGGCGCCUGCGUCUCGCCACUGUGGCAUAGGCCCAUGGGGAGCAGGCAGCGGGGCCGGGGACACUCGCUGCAGCGGAGGCUCUUGGAGCGCCAGCUCCUGAUGGCCGUGAGCCCGUGGGUGGGCGACAUCGUCCUGCCCAGCGCUGCCCGGAGGCGUGCCGUGCCGCACACCCAAGCCGAUGGCGUCAGGAAGCAGCUUCAGGACGCGCACCUGGCCAGCACCCCGGUGUUCACCCUCUUCAUCCAGCUGUUCCAGAUCGACACAGCCGGCUGCAUGGAGGUCGUUCGAGAGAGGAAGGCCCAGCCCCCUGCCCUGCUGCAGCCCGGCCCUCGGGACCCAGUGCCUGGGCUCCUACCGGUACCGUCGCGCACCCGGAGCACCACAGGCCCCGGCUUCCGGAGCGCGCCGGCCCGAGAACCUGCAGAGCAGAGCGCCGGCCACAAAGGGAGCAGGGCGCUGCAGCCCUGCCACGCCGAGUCCGGCCCGCGGGCACCCCCGCCAGCUCCGUGUGGCCCCCGGCCCAAGCCCAAGACGGUCUCAGAGCUGCUCCGAGAGAAGCGGCUGCGGGAGGCCCGGGCCAGGAAGGCCGCCCAGGGCGCCGUGGCUCUCCCGCCCCAGCUGCUGCUCGCCUCCCCGCUGCUGCUCCAGCCCCGUCUCCCGGGAGCCCCCCACGGCCCCUCGGCUCCGGGCCUGGCUGUCACAGCCUCGGUGCUGCCCGGGCCCAGCGCCCCUGCAGCGACGGGGCUGCGAGCUUCAGGUGCUCGGGCCUCGGCCGACAACGGAAGGCCCUCCGUCUUGCCAGUCUUGGCCGGCGCCCCGGCCUCCACAGACGCUGCCCCUGCUGCCUCCCGGCUGUCGGCUCUGGGCCCCCGCCAGGUCCCUGUGAACGGCCAGCGAGGUGGCCUGGGCCAGUCUCAGGCCCCUGCCACGUCCCGGAAGCAGGGCUUGCCAGAAGCACCACCCUUUCUACCUGCAGCCCUCAGCCCCACUCAGCUGCCUGUGCAGCCUGUCAGCCCAGCGCCAGCUGUGGGCACGCGUGAGGGUGGGCCGCACACGGCGGCCGGCACCCCUCUGCCUGUCACCUGGGUGCUCACAGCUCAGGGGCUGCUCCCCGUGCCCACUGUGGUGGGCCUUCGUGGGCCAACAGGGACCUCUGACCCCAAAGGACUGUCAGUGGCUUUCCCACCCUCCCUGCCUGGGAGGCAGAUGGGCCAGGGCCCCAGGCUCCCCGGGCCAAGCCACCCCUGGCAGCCCCCAGCCAAUGGGGACACAGACUCAGACCCUCGCUGCAGGACAGACCCGCCAGGCCCUCCAAUCCCUUGCCAGUCCCAAGGUUCUGUGGAAGUGGACAGCGAUGGGGCCCACGGCCCUGGGGGGCUCUCCUUCCCUGGAGAAGCCCAAGUGGCCGGGGACACAGCUGUGUCUGCGACACCUGCCCAGGCCACACUGCUGGCUGGCCACCCUGAAGCAAAGCCCCCCGGCCCCAGCCAGCCGCCUCUGCGAGGUGGCACCGGCCCUGGCAGUGGCCCAGGAGGGACAGCAGGGUCCCCCUCGGGGCCAGAGGGACUCAGAGAGCCUCUGGGCCUGGAGAGGCCACCCCCACCCCGACCUGGGCCUGAGAGGGGCGCCCUGCACUUGGACCUCCUGUCCCAGGAGAGUGAGGGGGUCGUGCGAGAGUGGCUGAGGGGACGGCGUGGGGUGCGUGUGCCCCCGCUGGGGAGCAGGCUGCCGUACCAGCCCCCCGCCCUGUGCAGCCUGCGGGCCCUGUCUGCGCUCUUGCUUGAGAAGGCGGCCUUGGAGCACAAAGCUGCCCGCCUCGUGCCGGGGGGCGCCGGAGCCCUGCACGCCUCGCUGGGACAGGUGCGGGGGCGGCUCCGGGACAGCCCGGCCUACCUGCUGCUCAAGGCCCGGUUCCUGGCGGCCUUCACCCUCCCCGCGCUCCUGGCCACCCUGUCCCCCGACGGCGUCCCCACCACCCUGUCCAUAGCCGCGAGGGCUGACUCUGAGAGCGAGGACGACCUGGGCCUGGGGGAGUCGGAGCUCACCUUCGCUUGCUCCACGAGCCGCCCUUGGGCAGGGCCGGCGGCCACCACCCCCGUGCAGGGAGCCCCAGACCCUGGGGAGGGCUCUGCCUCUUCCUGCCUACACAGUUCUGACCACCUCGAUGUGCUCAGAACCCGGCGCUCCUGGCAUGCCCGGAAGAGGAGGAGGCUGCUGUGAGCGGCAGGGAGGUGGGAGCCGUGCGGCACCCUGGUGAGCCCGCCUGCCCAGAGGGCCCGCCGCUGAGCCUGCGGGAGGAAGCAGCCAGAAGCAGCUGGAGGUCGGGGGAGGCUCUGCCAGCAGUGGCCGCGCGGCUGCGGGGCCUGGGCUGGUCCUCACGCACAGACUGGGGUGUUUGAAGGAAUAAAGUGGACGGCUUAUUUUUUUAUUAAAAA